AUGGCGCCCGCCAAGGCCAAGGGAUCGGAGAAUGCGGAUGUGAUCGAGCAGAUCGCCAGCACAUUGCAACAGCUGGCGCUAACGACCAGCGAGAUCACGAUCCACGCUUUCACCUCCGCGGCAAGGCAUUCACGGCAGAGGGCGCUGACAUCGGCAGGAUUAACAGAGAGCGAUCUCGAGCUCUCCAGCACGUCUCAGAUCAUAGGACACCCGCAGAAGCUAGCGAUCGAACCGGCCGAGGGGGCAAAGAGGAAAGGAGUCUACAUCGAGUCGGAGGUGGUAGCACCAGACCUAGGGGGGAACGACUGCAAGCUCGGGUUAGACAUGUUCCAGACCAUGUCUGAUGCGUUUGAAGGUUUCGACCAGUCAAGCGCGCUGACGGCAGGCCCGUUGAACGACAUAGAAACGUUCAAGGUUGAAGGUCAUCAGCUCGGGGCCUCGACACAGAGAGGUAUCUCGAAAGCUUGCCUUGAGGCCAACGAUGCAGCUGGCAGUUUAGUCAAUGCGAAGCUGGGAACUGCCAGCUACCUGUACCCACCGGCUGCGCCAAAGAGCAACCCGUACCUCCUCUCGAGCGACCAGCUCAAGCAACAGGAGAUCGCCGCCGGGGCCCGCGCCCUGCAGCAGCAGAGGGCCGCCGCGCGCGCGCGCCGGGCCGCCGACGCGCGGCGGGAGGCAGAGGAGGCCUGGGAGCGCGAGAUGCAGCUGUACCCGCCGCCGCUGCACCAGGAGGCGCGCCGGCUCAUGGCCGCCGAGCCCUCGCAGCAGUUGCCGGCCAGGGCGGCGGAGGAGGCAGGCGGCAUGGUGAAGCGGCUGCCCCUCAGGUUGCUGCUCCGGCAGACCGAGGUGGCCUGGCUCUGGAUUGGCGAGGCGCGGGAGCUCAUCGGCGGCGGCACCAACCUGCCCGAGGACACGCUGUAG